AUGGUCCAUCUCGCCAAGGUCCACCACGACGAAGAAGAGCCGAAUCCGAUCGUCUCGCGCGUCGACUCCAUCAAGCUCGACACCGUUGACGAUGAUGGCUUCUACUCCACCGUAUACGGCACGCGGUUCGCUGCCGAGCAGCUGCCCCAGACCGAGAUGCCCGAGAAGGAGAUGCCCCGCGAGGUUGCCUACCGCAUGAUCAAGGAUGAGUUGAGUUUGGAUGGGAAUCCGAUGCUCAAGUACGUUCUGUUCCUGUGGCGAUUGAUCAGCGAGGAAGAGGCCGAAAAACUGAUGACCGACUCAUUCAGCAAAAACUUCAUCGACUACGAAGAAUACCCCCAGUCCGCUGAGAUCCAGAACCGAUGCGUCAACAUGAUCGCCCGCCUGUUCAACGCCCCCGUGAGCAAGGAGGAGGACCGCCCCAUCGGCACCUCGACCAUUGGCUCGUCCGAGGCCAUCAUGUUGGGCACGCUGGCGAUGAAGCGGCGCUGGCAGAACAAGCGCAAGGCCGAGGGCAAGGACUACUCGCGCCCCAACAUCGUCAUGAACAGCGCCGUGCAGGUGUGCUGGGAGAAGGCCGCGCGCUACUUCGACAUCGAGGAGCGCUACGUUUACUGCACCGCGGACCGCUACGUGAUCGACCCGCAGCAGGCCGUCGACCUGAUCGAUGAGAACACCAUCGGCAUCUGCGCCAUCCUGGGCACCACGUAUACCGGCGAAUACGAAGACGUGAAGGCCAUCAACGACCUCCUGGUCGAGCGUGACCUGGACGUCCCCAUCCACGUCGACGCCGCCAGCGGCGGCUUCGUCGCCCCCUUCAUCAACCCCAGCCUGCAGUGGGACUUCCGUCUGGAAAAGGUUGUCUCGAUCAACGUCUCGGGCCACAAGUACGGGCUGGUGUACCCCGGCGUCGGCUGGGUGGUCUGGCGGUCGCCCGAAUUCCUCCCCAAGGAGCUGAUCUUUAACAUCAACUAUCUGGGCGCCGAACAGGCCAGUUUCACCCUCAACUUCUCCAAGGGCGCGUCCCAGGUCAUCGGCCAGUACUACCAGAUGAUCCGGCUGGGGAAGCGCGGAUACCGCUCCAUCAUGGUCAACAUCACGCGGAUCGCUGACUACUUGGCCGAGCAACUGGAGAAACUGGGUUUCAUCAUCCUGAGCCAGCGGCGCGGCCACGGACUGCCCCUGGUGGCGUUCCGCUUGUCGCCGGACCGCAAGGAACAAUAUGAUGAGUUUGCGCUGGCGCACCAGCUGCGCGAACGGGGCUGGAUCAUUCCUGCCUACACGAUGGCGCCGCACAGCAACGAGCUGAAGCUGAUGCGGGUUGUCGUGCGGGAGGAUUUCAGCAUGAACCGGUGUGACGCUCUGCUGUCUGAUAUCAGGCUGGCCUUGCGGACGCUGAGUGAUAUGGACAAGGCGAUGCUGGAGAAAUAUACCCAGUACGUUCUUGAUCCACCCGAAAGAGAAGAAGGGGAAGAAGAAGAAGAAGAAGAAGAAGAAGUGGAGAGAAAGACAGUGCUAAUUGUUACUCGCAGACAUGUUCAGAGGCACACCACCAAGUCUCACCAGGCCAAGCAUAACCAUCCCCAUUACAAGAAUGAGACGCAUUCCUUGCAGGGCAAGACCGGGAAGACCCAUGGAGUGUGCUAG